GGAUAUUAAGAGAGUAGAGUACUCAUAUUCAAAAGAAAAAAUAAAUCUUCAAACAAAUCAAUCUCACCUAGAGCAGCAAGAAAAUAGGUUUCCUAUAAUGGCAGAUAACAAAGAAAUGCCCUUAGGAUCAUUAUCUUCCUCAUCUUCCUCAACAAAAACCCCAUCUUUUCAAGGAAGAAGAAGAUUCGGGGCUCGCAGAAGCAGAAGUGCUCCAAAGGAACUGCAACUCCCCGUUGAAAUCAUAGAAAACGAAAAAAAACCCAUCAUUUAUUCGUCGAAUCCAUACAAGUUUUUGGAGAGUAGGAUUAUUCUUAACCGCCUACAUGGGUGUCGGCACAAUCUGUUUCUACCUACUCAGAAACCAAAUGUCUGGACGUAAAACAAAUGGAUUUCUCGAUGCUAUCUAUUUCUGCACAGUAACCAUGACCACAGUUGGUUAUGGUGAUAUUGUGCCCAGCACUGUACUUUCAAAGCUCCUAGCAUGUGCUUUCGUCUUCACAGGAAUGGCUUUAGUUGGAUUCAUACUUAGCCAUGCAGCUGAUCAUUUAGUUGAGAAGCAGGAAAUUCUGUUAAUCAAGGCAUUGCAUAUUAAUGAAAAUGUUGGUCCUGAUGUGCUUGAAAAGGAGGUUGUAACUAACAAAGCGAAAUACAAAUGUUUUGUUGUGUUGUCUGUUUUAUUGGUGAUGAUAGUAACCGGGACUGUUGUCUUGGUGAAAGUUGAAAAGUUUGAUUUAGUGGAUGCGUUCUAUUGUGUGUGUUCGACUAUUACCACUCUUGGAUAUGGAGACAAGAGCUUUUCUACUAAAGGUGGUCGUGUUUUCGCUGUGUUUUGGAUUUUGACCGGGACUAUACUCUUAGCUCAGCUUUUUCUUUACCUUGCUGAGAUGAACACUGAGAGAAGACAAAAGGAAUUGGUGAAAUGGGUUCUUGAUAGAAAGAUGACUAGAAGGGAUUUGGAGAUUGCUGAUAUGGAUAAUGAUGGGGUUGUUGGGCCAGCUGAAUUUGCCAUAUAUAAGUUGAAGGAGAUGGGGAAGAUCAGUCAUGAAGAUGUCUCUUUGGUGAUGAAAGAGUUUGAUGGUCUUGAUUUUGAUCAAUCUGGAACAUUAUCCUGCUCUGACAUAACACUUGCCCAAUUGUCUUCUUCACGGCAUUCCUAAACAGCAAAAGAUUAUGAAAUUUCACUUCAAAAUAUUCAAUGUAUUUCCUAUUCAUAUAGAUUUGAAUCAUAUUAUUGGA